AUAUUCUAAUUUAUCCAGGCUGCUUCUAACUUCUAUAUACUUAUUUCUUGUAGACGGGCCAUGCGUGGUGACGUGGUAGGAAGGAGGCGAUUGGCUGAGUUUGCAAGCAGAAGCACCUGAUUGGGCAGUGGGGAUUCCAUAUGCAGAGUUUGCAAGCAGAAGCACCUGAUUGGGCAGUGGGGAUUCCAUAUGCAGAUAGGGCGAAGGAGCCUGUGAGAGCAGAAGCACCAUGGUGAUUGGGCAGUGGGGAUCCCCUAUGCAGAUAAGGAGGAGGGGCCUGUGAUGGUUCAGGUCAGUUGGAAUGCAGCUGUUACUGGUCGGAAGAUGUUCUGGAUAUAAAAGGACAGCAGGCAGGGGUCUGCAAAAAGGCAGGUCCUGAGGGAGGAAAGAGCCCCUUCAGGAGAAGGAGGAUGCCGUUGUGCUCCUCAUCACAUUCCUUGUAUUUAUCGCACAUUCUGGUGUCGGAACCCAUCCAGGGCAUGCCCCAAUUCAUUGCUUUUGCAUAUGUGGAUGACCAGCUCAUUGGCCACUAUGACAGUAACAGGAGGAGGUGUCUCCCUGAUGUACCCUGGAUGAAGAAGGCGGAGGAGGAGGAUGCCAGCUUCUGGGAUUGGACCACAAAGAGAGUAAAGUAUUCCGAGAUGCUGUUUCGAGGAGAUUUACUGAUCCUGCAGAAACACUACAACCACAGCAGGGGGCUUCACACCUGGCAGCGCGUGUUUGGCUGUGAAGUCAGUGAAGAAGGACGCCAAAGAGGAUAUUAUCGGUAUGCCUAUGAUGGAAGGGACUUCAUCAGCCUUGACAGGGAGACCCUCACUUGGAUAGCAACUGAUACGAAGGCCGAGAUGGUCAAGAGGAAAUGGGAGGCUGAACCUAGUAUCUUUCAAGGGAGGAGAUACUUCAUGGAGGAGGAAUGUACUAAGUUCCUGCAGAAAUUCUUAGAGUAUGGAAAGCAAACUCUGUUGAGGACAGAGCAGCCAAUAGUGAAGGUUAACUAUGAUGGUCUGGAAACCCUCAUCUGUCAUGCCCAUGGCUUCUAUCCCAAGGAGAUCGAUGCCGUCUGGAGGAAGGAUGGGGAGGUCUGGGAGCACGAGACCUUCCGUGGGGGUGUCACUCCCAACUCGGAUGGGACCUACCACACCUGGCUCAGCGUCAAGGUCAAUCCUAAAGACAGGAGCCACUACCAGUGCCACGUGGAACAUGGCAGCUUGACGGAGCCCCUGGUCUUUUGCUGGGAGGAGCCUGCCUCCGUGCUGCUGGGAGUCAUUGUGGUAUCCAUCUUCGCAAUUCUGGUUGCUGUUCUGCUGAUGGUUGGGAUUGUUUGCUACACAUUAUCUGAUAAGGAAGCCAAGAGAAACCAAGACUUGAACUCCACCUCCUGAGAGCCGCUGCCAACCCUGGACAUCCCGCCUAACCCUGCCUCUGGCCCCAGCUGCAGCAUCCUAUCUCCAGGCAGUAGAGGGAUUUGGACUGAAGGGGAAUGGCUUUCAGAGGGCUUUAGGCUUAUCUCUCGACUGAGAUGCAAUAGUAUUGAGAUCAAUCAGCAAUAGGCUAAAUAUUACAUAUUCAACAUCCAGUUGAAUAAAACAAUUUUUAAAUAUUACUUAUUCAACAGGGAGGAGGGCUGGUCUUGUGGUAGCAAGCAUGACUUCUCCCCUUAGCUAAGCAGGGUCUACCCUGGUUGCUGAGAGAGAUUCCUGCCUGCAACCUUGGAGAAGCCGCUGCCAGUCUGUGAAGACAAUACUGAGCGAGAUAGACCAAUAGGCUGACUCACUAGAAAGCAGCUUCCUAUGUUCCUAACAUCUAGUUCAACAAAGGUUAUAUCAUCAUGAAUAGUUCAUAUGCGUGUACAGAAUCUUGGACUUUCUUGUUCCGGUACUGAAUGAACAACAUCCAUUUAGGAACAAAUGUAUCCUCAUCAGGGUUGUUUCUACUGAGGUGUGGGACCCAGGUCAAAUUGGGGGGUGGGCACCCUGAAUGGACACCCUGAAUUCAAAAUUUUAAAUGAUUUUAAUUGUUAAUUGAUUGAAUGUUUUAAAUGAUUUUAAUUGUAAACCACCCAAACGCAAGUUUUGGGCAGUAUAGAAAUAUUUUGAUUUUUUUUUUAAAAAAAAUAAAAAGUUGAAAGGG